GCUGCGAGGUGCAAGCAUCGCAGCGUCUUUUUCCCACGAGUGUGAAUCCGUUUAUUUUCCCGAGUUGUGUUUGCGAACAAAGGUGAUGCUGAUGCGAUGACCACGGGCCGGACGUGAUUGUGCAGAAAAUUGGAGCUUGAACUAGUUUUCCCAUUGCGUUACAGCGAGAUAAACACGAGCGAAAAUGCGAACGCGCGGUUAGUGUUUACGUAGAAAAGAGGUGAUCUUUGUUGAAAAUCGUGAAAAACAACACGCCUCGUGGACAGGGCAACCGGGAUACGGACUGGGGUGUCCGGCCGAGGAUAUGAAGGAAGCGCGAUAAAUAACAAACCGUCCUUAGCCAUCCGUCAAAACCGUCAUCACCAGCGGCAGGUGGAUUAUGAUCAGUUGACGAAAACGGCAAGAGAGCGUUUUUUUUAUUUGUACGAUCGUGUGUUCACUAGCGUCAGAAGGAGCCUACCAGCAAAUGGUCAGAUCUUCAGUCCACGGUAACUCUGAGAGGAAAAUUAACGACGCAGGAGAUGCUUUAGUGAAAUGUUAUCGUCGUAAUUUCUAACAUGUUUGUUUAGACAGUUGGACCUGGUGUUUGUUGAAGUCAGUGUUUUUUUCUGUUCGUUGUAUUGACGAAAGUAAGAGUGGAAAUUUAUGAACUAUUUGGAACGAUAGAAGUGUUGAACAGCGAAAGGAGUGACAUUUAUAUGAUAAAAAACAAACUCGCGCCAGAUUGUUGUUGUGCUGUUUGGCUACGCGGAACUGCGAAUAUCUCCGGGACAUCCCAAACACAGCUUCACCACAGAUAGACUGGGAGAAAUGGUACAGGAAAUGCCGAGCAGCGUUCCAGAGGAACUCUACAAUCUCACCCAGCUAGCGGAGGUGUCGAUUGCGGCGGGCAAACUAAACACCAGCGCUCAACCGGAGGAACCAUAUCACCACCCUCACUAUCCGGUUCAGUACAGUGCAAUUAAGUACUACACUCUACAGCACGAGUCACCAUCUUAUCACCCGGUGGACUACUAUCAGCAUGCAGUGUCCUAUCACAGCCAUUUGUGUGAUGAUAACGAUGACAGGCAGGCAAAUCUUGAUAGCCCUUCGCCACCCGUCGCGCACCGGCAGCAGUCCUAUUCUGCCACCAAAAAGAAGUGGAAGACAAAUUGGGAAAUCAACCGAAGUUUGAAGAUACAACACCAGCAGCAACAGCAGCAAAAGAUCAACAAGAUAAAAGAUGCUAGCGAACGCUCGUCGGAUCACGAUGACUCGCACGAAUCGGCCAAUCUCACGUACUACACCUCCACGAUAAGGACGGCUCAAAGUGUUUGUGGUGACGGUUCGAGUCCGGCGCGGCCAUCUAGCAGUAGUAGCAGCAAUAGCAGUAGCAAUCAGGCUGUCGGUGAAGAACAACAGCCGGCCAGACGAAAUUCGUACGCCUCGGAGGAAUCGGAAGAUUCCAGCUACUCGUACUCUCAUAAAGUGUUUGACAGAAAGAAAUCGCGAACGCUCUCGUGGAACAGUGGAAGCAGCUAUAGCUAUGGGGAAGAAAGUCAGCGUGUGUGCGGUGAGCAGGAUCACAGCCGAGAGGAUGUUCCCAUUGAAUACAGGACCGACAGUCAAGAGUACAAUGAACUACUGGAGUCUGGACGAGGCGCAAGCAGUGGGGAUGAGAUUGGGCCAUCGGAUGAUGUGCACACCUGCCCAGAGUGUGGAAAAAAAUACUCGACUUCCUCAAAUCUGGCGAGACAUCGGCAGACGCAUCGAUCUCUGCAAGACAAAAAGGCUCGACGCUGUCCACACUGCUCGAAGGUUUACGUCUCUAUGCCAGCCUACUCGAUGCAUGUCCGAACGCACAACCAAGGCUGUCAAUGUCCAACGUGUGGCAAGUGUUUCUCCCGUCCGUGGCUGCUACAAGGUCACAUAAGAACCCACACAGGUGAGAAGCCGUUCAAAUGCAGCGUCUGCCAGAAAGCAUUCGCGGACAAAUCGAAUCUCCGGGCACACGUCCAAACCCACUCAAACACCAAGCCGCACUGCUGCUCACGCUGCGGCAAAGCGUUCGCCCUUAAAUCCUACCUUUACAAGCACGAGGAUUCGUCCUGCAUGAAAAACAAGGCUGGAAAACAUUUGAAACAAGGCCACCCGAAAAACCGCAGAAAGGCGGACAAAACGCACUCGCCAUCCCCUUCAUCAUCAUCCGGUGGUACGGAGAGUCGUCUCUACUCGGUUGGACUUGCUCAUCAACACCAGCAGCAACAGCAAUCCUCCGGUAGUCCCAUCGAUUUGGCCCUGCAAACUGAGCUGCAGCUCAAGAAGGAUGCUGUGAGGGCAAAAAUACGAGAGGUCCUGGAAGACAACUGCAAAAAAUCGGCCCAGCUGAAGGCGGCAACCGACAACCGAAUCAGUGUGAUCCGAACGACGGCGAGUACAGGUGACGUGUAUUACAGCAGACAGGACGAGGUGCAUGUAGCCUUCGCCCGGGAACGCAUACAAGCUGGACUUGGAAGCGAAGCGGGCAGCGGUAGCGGCUAUGAAUAUCCUAGAAAUUAUGCCAUCAUUGCGUGAUAAUUUGUGACUAUCUCGCACUCGGUGAGAUUCACACGUUGUAUUCUAAAUACUAAAAACCUAACUCUAGCAUUUAGCCUCCCAUUUUGUAGAUGCAUAAGACAUUGUAUACACACAAGUAUUGAUAGCGUUUCACAUUUUUUUAUUUCGAGAUAUAGUAAUACUCGAAAACAAACUGUGAAUUCUCAUGUGCCUUAGCUGUAGUGACUCAGUGUAAAUAUUAACGUGGUUUCGUCAACCGUUUAGCAUUAGAAACAUGUACAUUUUUGUAAACCUAGAAUCUCUAGAAUUGAAACCACAGCUAGCUGGACCAAAAGAAAGAAGUUUUUGUCGAAUGGGAAGCAUUUAGAAAUGAUCAUCUAUUUCGGUACAAUUUCGACAGUGCUUUCGACUUUUAUGACUUUUAUGUUUAUUUUUGCGUUAACGAAGGACGAGAAUGUUCUAGUCUUUUAAUUUUAUUCGAUAUUUGUUUUCUUUAAGUUGCUUUAGAUUUUCGUGUAAUUUAUGUGCCAUGAAAACAAAAAAUGAGUUAUUCUAAUCAUUUGAUAAAUGUAUGUUCUAUUUUGCUCUCUGAUAUAAGUUUCGAUUCGUAUAGUAUGUACAAUCACAUUUUAUUUUAAGUUUAUUAUUUCUUUGCGAAAACGAGACUCUUAAGCUGAUAACGAUGGUGCCAUAAUUAGUAGUAUGUAGUGAAGCAAUCUUUAUAGCGGAUAAGUAUUGUAUCGCCAAUUGGCCGGAUUAUGUGCAAUGAGUAGUGAUUUGUAAGUAAAUUGAAGAUGCAGUAAACAUUAGAUAUUGGCAUCGACGACACAAACGAAGAUUCAGUGAGUAAUAUUGUAGACUAGAGAUACGACUUGACAAGACUUAUUAAAAUAAAUGAUAUGUAUGGUGAAUUGGAUUUAUUUUGUUGAAUCUUAUUACUUCCCUUUCACCGCCAACUCGGUCCUAAACACGAAUGAGUAUAAUCAAAUGAGAGCAGCAGAGACAGGUUUGAACACUUCAGCAAGCGGGAUCUAAUCACCAAACCCAAAUAUAGAAGACGAGUGGGUACCAGGGACAUAACCGGGAGAUAUAGGACUACACGAAG